GUGCUGCCAUUGCACAAAUACCGCUGCCAUUUAUUACUGUUAUCACUAUUCGUUUUUUCCGUUCUAUUAUUAUUUCACACUUAACGCUGCCAUUUACUACUGUUGUCACUAUUAGUGGUGCUAUUGCACCAUUGAUACUGCCAUUUACUACUAUUGUCACUAUUCACACUGCCGUUCUGGUAUUAUUAUUGCACCAUUGAUACUGCCAUUUACUACUAUUGUCACUAUUCACACUGCCGUUCUGGUACUAUUAUUGCACGAUUGGCGCUGCCAUUACUACUAUUGUCGCUGUCACUGCUGUAACAGUGCUGCCAUUGCACAUUAAUCGCAGCCAAUUUACCGGAACCCUGCUGGCUGUUGCACUGACAGCGCUGCUCCACGCCCUGGUUGUGUCAGCAUUAGUGCUGUCCCUCCCCACCCCUGUGCUGUGCAACGCUGCGCUCGAGCGCCUCAGGUGCACCGGCUCCUUGACAUCCGGGUGCGCGCGCGCUCGCUCGCUCGGUGGCGGUGGCAACGGCAACGGCGCGCAAGUGCGGAGCUGCGGUCCGGCUUGUGGCUGCGUUUCCGCGUCUAGCGAUAGGAGGGAGAGAGAGAGAGAGACACACACACACACACAGACAGACAGACAGACCGAGCAAGAGAAGGAGGAGAGCGAAGGGGAGAGACGCAAAGAGACGACGGGCAGCCGGUGCCCAGGAGGAUUGAGUCGGGCAGAGUCGAGCACCGCAGCGCCUUGCCCCGCCCCGCCCCGCUCCUCAGCCCGCGGCCUGAGCGGUGCUGCCGGCCGCCCUGACAUGUGACGCGGGCAGCGGCACCAUGAAGAAGUUCAACAUCAGGAAGGUGCUGGACGGCCUGACGGCGGCGGCGGCCGCCUCGGCCUCCUCCUCCUCGUCGUCGUCGCAGCAGCCCGGCCAGCGGCCCGCCGACAGUGACAUCGUCGAGAGCCUGUGCUCCGAGCACUUCCAGCUCUGCAAAACGGUUCGUCAUGGAUUUCCAUAUCAACCUUCGGCCAUGGCUUUUGAUCCAGUGCAGAAAAUCCUGGCUAUUGGAACCCAAUCUGGAUCAUUAAGACUCUUCGGAAGACCAGGGGUGGAGUGUUACUGCCAGCAUGACAGUUUUGCAGGAGUAAUCCAACUGCAGUUCUUGAUCAAUGAAGGAGCCCUUGUGAGUGCCUUGGCAGAUGAUACCUUACAUCUCUGGAAUCUGCGUCAGAAAAGGCCUGCCAUACUCCAUUCUCUUAAAUUCAACAAAGAAAGGAUAACAUUUUGCCAUCUGCCCUUCCAGAGUAAAUGGUUGUAUGUUGGCACGGAAAGAGGGAAUGUACAUAUUGUCAAUGUGGAGUCCUUCACACUCUCAGGCUAUGUCAUUAUGUGGAAUAAAGCCAUUGAACUAUCAUCAAAAUCCCACCCGGGCCUCAUUGUCCACAUCAGUGACAACCCAAUGGAUGAAGGCAAGCUUUUAAUUGGUUUUGAAUCUGGAACUUUGGUGUUAUGGGACCUCAAAUCAAAGAAGGGAGAGUACAGAUACAGCUACGAUGAGGCUAUCCAUUCCGUGGCUUGGCAUCAUGAAGGAAAACAAUUUGUUUGUAGCCAUUCAGAUGGCAGCCUUACUGUCUGGAAUGUAAGAUCUCCCAUUAAACCUGCACAGAUUAUUACACCACACGCAAAGCAGCCAAAAGAUGGAAAGAAGCCCGAGUCCUGCAAACCCAUCCUGAAAGUGGAAUAUAGAACAUGUAAAUCUGGAGAUCCUUUCAUCAUUUUUUCAGGGGGACUGUCCUAUGAUACAGUAGGUAGAAGACCAUGCUUGACAGUGAUGCACGGGAAAAGCACUGCAGUACUUGAAAUGGACUAUCCAAUUGUUGACUUUCUCACCCUUUGUGAAACACCAUAUGCAAGUGAUUUUCAGGAUCCAUUUGCAGUUGUUGUCCUUCUGGAAAAGGACUUGGUAGUCGUAGAUCUUGGACAAAAUGGUUAUCCUAUAUUUGAGAACCCUUACCCUUUGGACAUACACGAAUCGCCUGUCACCUGCUGCGAAUAUUUUGCUGACUGCCCUGUUGACCUAAUUCCUGCACUUUAUUAUGUAGGGGCAAAGCAGAAGCGGCAAGGAUACAGUAAAAAGGAAUGGCCUAUCAAUGGAGGUAAUUGGGGUUUGGGUACCCAGAGCUACCCAGAGAUAAUUAUUACAGGGCAUGCAGAUGGAUCACUGAAGUUCUGGGAUGCUUCAGCUAUAACGUUACAAGUUUUGUAUAAGAUGAAGACAUCCAAAGUAUUUGAAAAAUCUCGAAAUAAGGAAGAAAAACCAUUCACAGAUAUAGUGGAUGAAGAUCCUUAUGCCAUCCAGAUAAUCUCAUGGUGUCCUGAAAGCCGAAUGCUUUGUGUGGCAGGAGUAUCGGCCCACGUAAUUGUUUACAAAUUCAGCAAACAGGAAGUGACAACAGAAGUUAUCCAGAUGCUUGAAAUACGAUUGCAUUAUGAAAUAAAUGAUCUUGAAUCACCGGAGACUGAUCAAACACCAACAGUAGGAAUUUCAUGCCAGGGGUCAAAUUCUCAGACUGCAAACUCUCAGUCUCACCCUUCUACAAGCAGCACGUCUUCAGAUGGCCUCCGUGAUAAUGUGCCCUGCCUAAAAAUUAGAAGUACUCCAUUAAAACAAGCGGCAGGUUACCAAGCUGAAGUAGUCAUUCAGCUAGUUUGGGUUAACGGUGAACCUCCACAACAGAUAACCAGCCUUGCAGUCAAUUCAUCAUAUGGACUUUUGGUGUUUGGGAACUGUAAUGGUAUUGCAAUGGUUGAUUACAUUCAGAAGACUAUACUUUUAAACCUGGGCACAAUUGAACUCUAUGGUUCGAAUGAUCCUUAUCAGAGGCAACCAAAGUCCCCCCGCAAAGCCCGACAGGCCUCAGGAGGUCUCUGUGAUAUCAAUGAGAGUUCUACAGUUCUGGAUGACCACUGCAAGUCUCCCACAUCAGGUUCUGCUUCCUCGUGCAAUUCUGAAGAUGAUCAGAAAUUGCCUAACUUUAUAGAAAAGGUGAAAAUCAAAAGCAGAAAACUUUCCAAGAUCGUAGUAUCUGACAUAGCGAAGAUGUCGAGAAAACUAAGCUUGCCAACUGAACUGAAGCCUGAUUUAGAGCUUGGAGUUGAGUCAAAGAACAGAGCCCAAGGCAUUAAUCAUCACCUGGAAAAGAGGCAACUUAAAAAUCAUGGUUGGAGUAUGACUUCUCUGUACAUGCAUUUCACUCAUGUGAAAGACAACUCUUUCAGCCGUUCCCGCAGUUCCAGUGUUACCAGCAUUGACAAGGAGUCCCGAGAGGCCAUCACUGCUCUUCACUUCUCUGAGACUUAUACUCGAAAGGCAGACACGUGCACCUCACCUUGUUUGUGGGUUGGGACAACUCUUGGCACCGUACUGGUGAUAGUACUGAAUCUGCCACCUGGUGGAGAACAAAGACUUACCCAGCCAGUCAUUGUAUCUCCUAGUGGGACUAUAUUGAGACUAAAAGGAGCAAUGUUGCGAAUGGCAUUCUUGGACACCACAGGAAGUCUCAUCCAUCCAGCACAUGAUCCUUGGAAAGAACCAAAUAUUCAGGAGGAGAAAGAUGAGAAAGAUAAAUGUAGGAAACUGAGACCUGUAUCUGUCUCCCCUUCAUCCUCUCAGGAAAUAAGUGAAACCCAAUAUGCAGUGAUAUGUUCAGAAAAGCAGGCAAAGGUUAUCUCACUGCCAUCCCAAAACUGUGUUUAUAAACACAACAUAACUGAAACAUCGUUUGUUCUUCGUGCUGAUAUUGUGGGACUGAAUGGGAGCACCUGCCUUGCAUGCUUCUGUGCCAAUGGACAUAUCAUGACAUUCAGCUUGCCAAGUCUUAGGCCACUGCUGGACGUCAAUUAUUUGCCACUGACCGAUAUGCGAAUAGCUCGUACUUUCUGUUUCACCAAUAACGGGCAAGCUCUAUAUCUGGUUUCACCCACUGAAAUCCAACGCAUCACCUAUAGUCAGGGAACAUGUGAGAAUUUACAGGAAAUGCUGGGAGAGCUGUUUACCCCUGUGGAAACACCAGAUGCUCCAAACAGGGGGUUCUUUAAAGGGUUGUUUGGUGGUGGUGCCCAGUCACUGGACAGGGAAGAGCUUUUUGGUGAAUCUGUAGCGGGGAAAGCCUCGAGGAGCUUGGCCCAGCACAUCCCAGGGACUGGUGGAAUUGAAGGGGUCAAAGGAGCAGCAUCUGGUGUUGCAGGAGAGCUGGCAAGGGCCAGGAUAGCACUGGAUGAAAGAGGGCAGAAACUAAGUGAGCUGGAGGAGCGAACGGCGGCCAUGUUAUACAGUGCCGAUAAUUUCUCUAAACAUGCUCAUGAGAUGAUGUUAAAGUGCAAAGAUAAGAAGUGGUACCAGUUCUGAACACCUCGAUCCAACGUUACUUAAAUACUUCAGCUGGAAGGAGGUUAUCCACAGAUGAUUCUCCCUCUUCAUUUAUUUCUGCAGGACAGGAGGUUCAUCUUUGAGUAUUGCUGUUUCCAAGCACAACUCAUAAACUCUUUCCCUCGGUCACAUUGCUUUAAACUGAGGAGGAAACUGAAAACUUGCAACAUGAAGGUGUUUUCUACUGUAGCUGUGGGUUGGUGCACAGUGUGGGACCUGAGCAGGGAACAAGGGGCAGUGCUGGAUUUUAUGUGUUAUUUCACACGCCAAAUGUUUUGUGCUAUUGUCUCUGGCAGUGUUUCACCCAUUAAAACUAUAAAUGUAAUACUGCAUUCACUCCGGAUGCCAGCAAAUGCAAAACAAGAGGAUAAAAACAUGUAGCAAAGUAUUGCAUAGAGAAUCCAAAUAAUGAUUUAUUUGCACAUUAUUUGUUUAUGUACUGAGCUAGGUGGGUGAUAAUGGUUUGCAGAUUGUCAACUCUGAUCAGAUAAUAUUUGUUUGUGUCCGAUAUUAGAUAAUGGUGUGUGUCCACUGGCUGGACGCAAUGAGUUUGGAUGAUAUUGUUUUGUGGUCAGUGCUGAUUGAUUGAUGCUGGUUUAUAUCUGCCGAUAAUGGAUGAAGCCAGCUUCUGCCUAAGACUGGUUGAAUGAAUAACAUUUUGGGGUGUGGUUUUUGUCUUAGCUGAUGAUUUUAGUUGAUUAUGGAUUCAUUUGAUGCAGAUGUUCCCUGUGUCGUUACUGCUUCAAAAAGCUUUUUGUAAUUAGAUUUUAUUGUGCCCCCACCUACUAUAGAUAAUUGUCAACAAUGCAAAUCCUUUGAGCUACAGUAACAACUGUUUUUAAAAUAAAUGAAUCAUCACUGGUUUGGAGUCACAUAACUAUGAUACAAAAACCUUAAUUCUCAAUAAUAGUAUUAUGGUGCCAGAUUAAAUAUACGUUAUUUAUUGUGCUAACUCCCAGCCUAGGUAACCAGAUCCUGUUGUUGAAUUGAUGCUGUCUGGUGGUAGUCUUACAUCUGUAGGAUAGUUUGGAGGACCAUGGAAGUAUUUUUCUCCCCUUGUUCUUCAAGGAACAACUCCAGCAACAACAGCAAGCAAUUUUCCUGGCAGAAAUCUAGUUGAAACCAAAGGGAAGAAGAUGGCAUUGUUGGCAUGGUUAAUGGAAUUGGAAGAAGAGCUGGAUCGGGAUGACUAUGAGAGUUAAUGGCAAAUUUGGCUGCAGUAGAAUAUAAGUUUCCUUUUGAAAAAAUACUUAGUGCCACUGUAGACGUAGAAUAUCCAACACAGAUAGAAUUUGAACAUAUUUUUAUUAAGUAAAAUCAGCUGCCAACAAGGGCUGGUUCUGAUUCCUGUUCAUAGUUACUGUACAUUAUUGGUGUAUUGUUGCAUUCCAUGUUACAGUACAUGAGAUGUUAUUUAGUGCAAUACUUUGGGAAUGCCCAUAUUUGAAGAUUAAAUAGAAUGUACCUGAAAAGGUUGGUUACAACUGUGUUUCUCUUUUGUUUUUGUAUGUUUUCACAUCUUCACUUCUUCCAGUCACUUUGCUUCAGAGUGUGUAUGACGUCUGCAGCCUUUCCCCUUCAUGAUCAUUGCACAUAUUCAACUUGGGUCUUGUGAGGAGAAACUGAAGGCUGGGUACAAAAGAUGCUGGCUUCCACAGAAACAGCUGUCCAUUUAACAAUGAAACCUGAACUCUACAUAGUUGGAGUCCCACUGUCAUAAGUACCCACGCGGCAGAACUAUUCCUCACAAACCUCAGCAGCCACAAGAGUCCAGAUCAACGCAGCAAAUCACAAUGCUUUUAAAAUGUAGGCUAUUAGAAAUUCACAGGAGUUUGUUUCACAAUGAAAUUCUAAUCUGUAGUCAACAUAAACUGUUGAUGGCCAAGAGCAUGGUUGCAUUCAGGACAGAAAUGUUUACUUGUGUUAUCAUUUAUUGCCAUGCUUUUCAUGUUCAGCUUUUUUUAGGUUUACUUUAUGUCAUUUUCAUUCCCUUAUGUUUACACAAGUGCCCACCACAAUCUUUGGGACAUAGACCCAUCAUUUAUUUAUGUGCCUCUGUACUUAACAAUUUGAGAUUUUUAAUAGAAAAAAAAACACAUGUGGUUAAAGUGCACAUUGUCUGAUUUUAAUAAAGGCCAUUUUUAUACAUUUUGAUUUCACCAUGUAGAAAUUACAGCAGUGUUUAUACAUAGUCCUCCUAUUUCAGGGCACCAUACUGUUUGGGACACAGCAAUGUCAUGUAAAUGAACGUAGUCAUGUUUAGUAUUUUGUUGCAUAUCAUUUGCAUUCAAUGACUGCUUGAAGUCUGUGAUUCAUGGACAUCACCAGUUGCUGGGUGUCUUCUCUGAUGUUCUCUGCCAGGCCUGUAUUACAGCCAUCUUUAGCUUAUGCUUGUUUUGGGGCAAGUCCCCUUCAGUUUUCUCUUCAGCAUAUAAAAGGCAUGCUCAAUUGGGUUCAGAUCGAGUGAUGGACUUGGCCAUUUUUUAGCUUUGAAAAACUCCUUUGUUGUUUAGCAGUAUGUUUGGAAUCAUUGUCUUGCUGUAGAAUGAACCGCCGGUCAAUGAGUUUUGAGGCAUUUGUUUGCACUUGUGCAGAUAGGAUGUAUCUAUACACUUCAGAAUUCAUUAUGCUACUACCAUCAGCAGUUGUAUCAUCAAUGAAGAUAAGUGAGCUUAUCAUCAAUGAAGAUAAGUGAGAUAAGUGAGUCAGUACCUUCAGCAGCCAUACAUGCCCAGGCCAUAACACCCCCACCACCGUGUUUCACAGAUUAGGUGGUAUGCUUUGGAUCUUGAGCAGUUCCUUCUCUCCACCAUACUUUGCUCUUGCCAUCACUCUGAUAUAAAUUAAUCUUCGUCUCAUCUGUCCACAAGACCUUUUUCCAGAACUGUGGUUGCUCUUUGCAAACUGUAACCGGGCCAUCCUAUUUUUGCGGCUAGGCAGUGGUUUGCAUCUUGCAGUGUAGCUUCUGUAUUUCUGUUCAUGAAGUCUUCUGCGGACAGUGGUCAUUGACAAAUCCACACCUGACUCCUGAAGAGUGUUUCUGAUCUGUUGGACGGGUGUUUGGGGAUUUGUCUUUAUUAUAGAGAGAAUUAUUCUGUCAUCAGCUGUGGAGGUCUUCCUUGGCCUGCCAGUCCUGUUGUGAUUAGUAAGCUCACCAGUGCUCUCUUUCUUCUUAAUGAUGUUCCAAACAGUUUAUUUUGAUGCCUAAGGUUUGGCUGGUCUCUAACAGUUUUAUUCUUGUUUCUUUGAUGGCUUCUUUGACUUUCAUUGGUACAACUUUGGUCUUCAUGUUGGUAAACAGCAAUAAAAGUUUCCAAAGGUGAUGGAAAGACGGGAGGAAAAACUGGGUGCUGAGAGUUCUCUUAUACCUGCAUUAACGAGGCAAUUAAACACACCUGAACAAUUACAAAUGCCUGUGAAGCCAUGUGUCCCAAACAUUAUGGUGCCCUGAAAUGGGGGGGCUAUGUAUAAACACAGCUAUAAUUUCUACAUGGUGAAAACAAAAUGUAUAAAAAUACCCUUUAAUAAAAUCUGACAAUGUGCACUUUAACCACAUGUGAUUUUUUUUAAAUUACAAAUCUCAAAUUGUGGAGUACAGAGGCAAAUAAAUAAAUGAUGGGUCUUUGUCCCAAACAUUAUGAAGGGCACUGUAUGUGUUUUAUUCUGUGUUUUAAGCAUAUUAGAAUAUUGAGAAUAUGGAGCACCUUUUGUAAAGUGGCGGCUGCCGGGAUUGUCCCCUCCUGAUUAAGUUGGCACAAUACUCCCAACAAGGGGAGUUGUACAUGUGCAAGGGUCUUUAUCCUCUUGAUUAGCAUUUCAGGAUUUCUUUAAUGAAACAAAUUUCUUUUCAGCAUAUUUGAAAAUAUAUAAAUAUGAAGUAUAUGUGUUGAGAAAUAUAUUUCCUUAAACCUGUUUUCAGUGUAGGGUCUGUACUUCAUUUCCCUGAUCUUUUGAUGGAAGUGCACGAAAUUUACUGCUGUUUGUGUGUUACCCGUGAUGUGCAUCAAGUCUCUGAUUGUUCUGUUAAAUUAAAAGCUAAUGAAGUUGAAUUUGCUGAGUACUUCUGCCAAAUUGUAAUGUUUUUUCCUGAAAAUUGUUUUUCUAAAAAAAAUUAAAAUAUCCAAUCUAGCUGACAAA